UCCCUGGUUGCAAACACAGAAGCUAGGAGAUCAGUUUUGCAGUUUGUGUGUGCUGCAGGCUGAAUGCCAAUGGGAGGAGAUGUGAGUGUGACCCUGAGAGGAAGCAGAGGGACAGAGCUUCUUGUGCACAGAAAUCAUUGGAGUGGCAGAACUGGGGAUUUUUUUGACCAAGGAACUACUGGUUUGUUUCCACUAUAUUCAGAGAAACAGAACUUUGUGGACAUUUUUGCAAAUAAACAAGAUUACACCAAGAAAGUACAUGACUCGAAUCAUUGACUUCUCAUCCUAAUGGAAACAGCCCUGCGAGGACCUGAAAUUUGGCUAACCACUCAGUCCAAUGGAGCAAUAAUAAAAUGUUUGUGCAUAACAAUUAAGUCCUUCAACUAUAAUUAAGACAGACUAUCUGAAGGAUAAUUAACAGUGCCUGGUAUUCUUUUUCUUGAUCAUGGAUGUUCUGUCUACAUCAAGUGAUGAUGGGUAACUACAGCAUCAGGUGUGAAGAUGAAUGUUCCUAUAAAAGCCAGCAAGGAGGGAAUAAGGAAUUUGGAGCAGAAUUAAAGGUUAUAGGCAACAAAAGCUAUAGCUGUGAAGAUUUAGGACUAAGAGAGAUUCCUGAAAGACUCCCAGCCACAACAGAAAUCCUUGACUUCAGCUUUAACUUGCUUUCUUCCCUUCACAAUUCAACCUUCAGCAAGCUAAAGAAUCUGGUAUAUUUAGACUUAACAAGGUGUCAAAUUAACUGGGUGUACGAAGGUGCCUUUCAAAGCAACACUCAUCUGAACGUUAUUGUCUUGACUGGAAAUCUACUCAUGUUUCUGGCUGACACAGCAUUUGUUGGCCCACAGUCUCUGAAGCAUCUUGUCUUAACUCAGACAGGUCUAACCAGCUUAGCAUUUAUUCCAAUGCAGAAUCUGGAUAAUUUAGAGAUUUUUGACUUGGGCAGCAAUCACAUCUCCUCACUGCAGCUCCCUCCAGGCUUUCCAACCAGAAACCUCAAAUACCUUGAUUUUCAAAUAAACAUCAUACAAAGAAUAGCAGCAAAAGACAUAGAUAUUCUGCUGCAGACAAAGAAUUUAACUCUGAUCUUGAAGGGAAAUGAUAUUAUGUACAUUGAAGCUGGGGCAUUCCAGUCCAACUUAUUUUACAGCUUGGACUUUGGAGGUUGCAUUGACAUUUCUGUGGUUUUAGCAGGAAUGCAGGAUACCAAAACCCAUACUCUUUGGUUGGGGUCAUUUGAGGAUGUAGAAAAUGGGCUUCCCAUAAACUCUACUAUGCUACAGAACCUGUGCAAUAUCUCUGUGGUGGAUAUCAGUCUGCAAAAGCGGCAUUUCCUUCACCUGACUGCUGCCACAUUUCAGUGUUUGAGCAAACUCCAAAGGCUGGAUCUGACUCACACCCAUAUCAGCAUGUUACCUCCUGACAUCAGUGGCAUGAACAUGUUGGAAGAAUUAAUUCUCAAUAGGAACGCCUUUAAGCACAUUUGCAACAUUAGUUCCACCGCCUUCUCCUCCCUCACCCACCUCCAUAUCAGAGAAAAUGCUGAGAAUCUGGACUUAGGCUCUGGCUGUUUAGAAACACUGUCAAAGCUUCAACACCUGGAUUUAAGCCACAGUUACAUAGAAAAUGUAGACUGCUGCAGCAAGCAGCUAAAAGGCCUGAUCGGAUUACAGCACCUGAAUCUGAGCUACAACAAGCAGCUUCAGCUCCAAGAUUUGGCCUUUAAGGAAGGUGCGAACCUGGAGCUCCUGGAUUUAGCUUUUACAUGUCUUCAUAUCAAUGCUUCCCAGGGUCCUUUCCGCAAUCUGCAUCUCUUGCGUGUCCUGAACCUUUCUUACUCCUAUAUUGAUACCAACAUUCAGCACCUUUUACAGGGGCUGCAAACCCUUUUCCUGUUGAACCUUAGGGGGAAUAAGUUUCCAUCAGGGACCAUUCUGAAUGACAAUCUCUUUCACCAGGUACCCAGUUUAGAGGUGUUAAUUUUAUCAUUCUGUGAUCUGACAGCUAUACAAAACCAAGCAUUUCACACCCUGAAGAAGCUAAAGCAGGUUGACCUGAGCCACAACAAGCUUAUUGCGUUCAGCACAGAUGCAUUUUCCAGUCUCAAGAGCAUCUAUCUCAAUUUUGCCAAUAAUAGGAUCCAUAUUAUACCACGUGACAUGUUAACUAACUUAUCUGGCCAGAGUAUAAUCAAUUUAAGUUACAAUCCACUGGAAUGCACCUGCUCUAAUAUUGGUUUAAUAACUUGGUACAAGCAGAAUAUGGAUAAAAUUGAAGACCCUGAAGGGACAGUGUGUUGUAAGCCCAAAUCUCUAGCAGGUACUAAGCUGUCCACUGUAACACUGUCCUGUGGGAUCAGUGUUGCAGGAAUUGUUUGCGCUGUGCUGGUUUUGAUAUUGCUUGUUGCUGUUAUCUUGAUUUGGAUCACACGCUUUUUAAAGAGACAUUACCAACAACUCUAAGUGAAGGAUUGCUCCACAAGUGUCAUUUUUGAAGAAAGGACAGUUACUAGACAAAUUCUGAAGAAAAGGUCAUUUUUCCUACUUGUUGCUUUGUUCCUGGGCAAUACUCCUUUUAACAUUAAUAUUACACGCUCCAUUCUCAUUUUUAACAACUGAUUAAAGAAAAAUUACUAUGAAAAAAACAAACCAGGGCCAGGUCCUGUGAAGAACUUUAGCCACACAAGUAACAUAGUAGGGUCCUGAUCUAUGACAAGGGCUCCUAGGCUCUCUGGUAAUACAAAUAAUAAUAUUUAGUCCCAUUGAAGUCUGCCACUAGCCCUCAACUAUAAGCUAGUACUGGGGCCUCAGGCAAUGUCACUAAGGAGGAAAGGGGUGAGAAUGAAGUGGGAAUACCGGUUCCCCCAAUGAAUAGGCUGCUCUGAAGUCAGAAUUUAGACACCAGUGCUGUCUGAAUGGCUGACGCAAUAGAACGGCUGGUCCUGCACACAUGGUUGCUCUAAAAGAAAAUUAGACUGGCCUCUUUCCUGAUCAUUGUUCACUGAAUCACUGGGUGUAGGUGAGAUGCAGGGCCUUAUUUCUUUCCCUCAAAAGUGGGGGAGGGUAUGGGGGGGGCAAGGGUUUGUGAGGAACCAGGGGCAGCUUGUGGGGGAAUCAGGGCAAUCUGAGGAACUUUGCAGUCACUGGCCAGAAGGGAACCUCUUAUCAGGGAAUAUCUAGAUGCAGUAGUUCAUGUCUUCUCUACUAGCCUGUCACCCACAUCUCUUCCAUAUUACCCCCUUCUCCUCCCUUAGCUCCUGUCCACUUCCUUUCCCACCAGUAGCCCCUCACCUUUUCCUCAAUAAUUCCUGUCACCCCUUUCUACCUCUUGCCUCACCAUUUCCCCCCAGUAGUUCCUGGUAUCCCCAUCGGAGCUCAACCCCCCUGCUGGGGCACUGACCCUGCUGCAGGCAGCUCCUCCUCUCUACUGGGCCUGGAAAAGCAGGAGGAAUAGAGCAGGCAGAGAGGCUGCAGGAACAUGAGAGGGGGGC